AUGAGGGAUUGGUAUUAUGAAUAUAAAUUAAGUUUGGGUAUUGGAACCCCGGAGCAUGGACUAUUGAUCGAUUCUCAGCUUUCUGAAGAACUGUACAGGCAGGCUGAAAUUAUUUCUGAAGCUUCCAGUUCUAUAAGCAGUAAAGAAUGUCGAGUUGGUGGAGGACAAUGUGCCAUAGACUUAUCGAAAGUGAAACUAGACAAGACAUCUUUGGGUAAGAUUUGUUUGUCCAUGUUUUACAACAAAACUGCAUGCAUCGGGAUGAACUUGAAGUAUCGUAGUCCUGACGGUUCUUGUAACAACUUGAAACGUUCCUACUCGGCCACUCGGGUAAAUUUUUAUGAAUUGGUUCAAUUUCAUUUAUCACAUUCCUUACCCAGUCCUAGAAGGCUGAGCGUUGAAUUUGUCAAAGACGAUCACUCACCAGAUGACUUCAAAACGAUGGCGAUGGCGUACUGGACGAUUUUUGUAGGCCAUGAUCUAUCUCACACGGCAAUUUCUGUAACGAUGAAUAGUAAUAAAUCCGUGAGAUGUUGUUCAGAUGACCGAAAGGAGCUCAGUCCUCGAGAUAUUGACCAUUUGUGCAUGCAAGUAGUGAUACCGGAUGAAGAUCCAUUUUACAUGAACCGUAUUCGAUGUAUGAACUACGCGCGUUCGGUGCCAGCUGUGCGUUCCGAUUGUACUUUUGGACCCAAGGAACAAAUGAACCAAGCUACUCAUUAUUUAGAUGGGUCGAUGAUUUACGGUUCGUCGGCGAAACGGACAUGGUCAUUGAGGACCAACUUGGGCGGCCAACUGUUGACAAACAUGGGCUGCUAUAACAAUAGCCAAGACGACCCGUAUGGCAGUGGCACGUGUUAUAGGGCUGGUGACAUCCGAGCAAACGCGCUUCCCCAACUGACGGUCAUGCACACAUUGUGGAUGAGGGAACACAACCGGUUGGCCAAACUACUCUCACACGUAAACCCGCACUGGGACGACGAACGUAUUUUUCAGGAGGCCAGGAAAAUCGUUACGGCAUCCAUACAGCAUAUCACUUACGCUGAGUGGCUGCCAGCGCUGCUCGGGGAAAACUACACCAAACUGAAAGGGCUUGAACUGUCGACAAAAGGCCACAGUAACGAGUACAACGAGACCACCAACCCGAGCGUCAGCAACAGCUUUGCGACCGCAGUAUUACCAUUCGCUAAUUCCAUGAUAAGUGACACCAUCAGGUUAUUUCUGGUUGAUUUUUUGAUAAAAAACUAUGAACAACUCUAG